AUGGUGGACCUAUUCCUAAACCGAGUUCUCGUGGAGAACAACUGGGACCAGGAUGAACUCAACACGGAUCGUGAGAUUGUCGGUAUCCUCGAAAACCGCAUCCUGAUGCUCUUCUUUGCAUCUACUAAGUGUGACAAGUGCCAAGAGUUUCUGCCUGUUCUGAAUGACUUUUUUAAAAGACUGAAAGAUCCAGCAUACAUUGAAUACCCCAAACUGCUUGCACUCAUCUACAUCAGCUUGGACCAAUCAGAGGAGCAGCAGGAGAGAGUCCUCAAAGAGCUGCACAAAAAGGUUCUGUUUUUGGCCUUUGAGGACCCAUACAGGAUAGAACUGCAAGCCAUGUUUAAGGUGAAGGACAUACCGACAGUAGUGGUUCUUCGUCCUGAUGGCUCCAUCCUCACUCCAAAUGCUGUGCAGGACAUCUGUCGUUUCGGUUCCGACUGUUUCAGAGACUGGCAGGAAUCAGCAGAGCUUAUUGAGAGGAGCUUCAUGCUCAACGAGGAGUUUGACAACCUAAAUCUGCGUAGCACCACUGACCCUUUGAGGAGACUGAAGUACAAGACAGAGGACGACAAGAGGAAAAAGAGAUGGUGGAAGUCAUGGGGGAAGGGCAAAGAUGGAAAGGAAGAGGAGGAAGAGAAAGAUGGAACGUGGGAUACAAAGAGAAAGGACGGAGAUAAUGAAAUAAGGUGGAGAAGAUGA